UCCGGCCCAAUCUACUUGGUGGUCGGCAAGAGAUUUACCUUCCACCGCAUUUAUAAAUUACUUGAACUUACGAAAAAGAUAGGAAAUACGAUCUGAUCUGCAUCCGGGAAUGGACGACUGCGAGUUACCGAGGGAGCUCCUAAUUGAGAUCUUAGUGAAGCUGCCAGUGAAAUCUCUUAUGCGUUGUAAGUGCGUGUGCAAAUGCUUCUAUGAUUUGAUUAAGAACAAUCAUCAAUUGUUGCAUAGAUUCUAUGAAGUUAAUCGAGAGAAAUGUGAUUAUGCUAUUCUAGAGAUCCCAUCUACUCAUCUUGGCUAUUCUAAUAAAAUGUUCAGUCUGCUGUACAAUGAACCGGAGUCUGAUGAUAUAGGGUGCACAUACCUAGAUUUCCCUAAUUCAAUGACAAGAUUUGUAAGUUGCUGCGAUGGAAUGUUAUGUUUUAUUCUGGGUAAACCUGAUUUUCUUAUCACCUCUUGUGAGAUUUCGACGGAUUUGAAUUUCGACAUUCUGAUAUGGAACCCGUUCAUCAGGGAAAUCAAGGCCUUGCCUUCGAUUAAGGUGCCUCACAGCCCCCCCACUGAAAUACUAGCCAGCUAUACUAUGUAUGAAGGCUUUGGGUUUGGGGUUUCUAAGAGCAUGGCUUGGAAGGUUGUCAUGCUCUGGUAUUUUAAUUAUUGUGCUUUCGGGGGCAAGAAACAGAGUUAUGAAUGUGUAAUGGUUUGCAGCCAAGAUGGUGAUGGUUCAUGGACCUGGAGGCAAAUUGAUGCUCUGCCAAAUGUGCCUGUGAGUUCUCAGGAAGAUUUUUAUUGUAAGGGGAAGUACUAUUGGCGGGUAGAAAUACAUGAGGUCCUGGAUUCAGAACCACCUUGUGAGCGGUUGCUAUGGUUUGACUUGGAGGAUGAAGUGUUUGGGACGAUCGGGUUGCCAACCAGAUGGGAAGAUAUUUCAUUUACAGUGAUGAAUGAGACUAUUGCUAUGAUUAGUCUAUGUCCUCCUGAGAAUAGCAAUUGCAUCGAGGUAUGGUUAAUGAGUGAAAACGCUGAUUGUGUAGAUUGGCAUAAACAGUGGAGCGUAGAAUGUUGUUCAAGCAUAGACAGGCAUGAGUAUCGGAGCCCACUAGGAGGUGGGACAUGGCGUGAAUCGUGGUUGCCUAUUGGAAUUUGGAAUCAGGGUGGUGGACGUUUUCAUUUGAUAGCAUAUCCGUGUGUUAUCAGUUAUCAAAGUGAAGAAUCCGAGGAAUCCGAGGAAUCCGAGGAUGACCUUGCUCCAUGUGUUGUUGGUUAUCCAGAUGAAGAAAACUAUGUACCGUAUUUAGUAUUGGUUGAUUUGGAAACUCAAGAACCGAAGAUGAUUUAUUUAACUAAAAAUAGGAAGUGUGUUGAACUUAUUUCAAAUUCUACGGGGUACGCUCAAGUUUACAAGGAAAACAAUAGUGAUAUAACUCAAGAGUGGAAGGAUUUUAAGGUCUUUCCGUCUGAUGGUGUGUAUGCCAGAAUAUACAAUCCAAGUCUGAAAUUCAUAUAGAAAACACAUACAAGUCAAUAGAUGUGUCGUUUUACUUGUGCAAGUAGAUUCUGGUUGAGUGCCUUCUUCGUGUGAUGUUUUGUAAUAAAGGAAUGUUAUCUGUACUUCUUAGGAGUGCAUGCUCGUUCAACUUGCUGAUGGGAGUGUCUGAACAUUACUUCUCUAUGUAUGUUGUACCUAUGAAGUCAUGGUUUUCAGAUAAUUACUUUAAGUGUUAUCUUGAUUUAAACAUCAACCUUUUUACUUGUACUUAUUCAUUUAGUAACUGCAGAAAAGGAAGUGUGUUGAACUUAUUUCAAAUUCUAUGGGGUACGCUCAAGUUUACAAGGAAAACAAUAGUGAUAUAACUCAAGAGUGGAAGGAUUUUAAGGUCUUUCCGUCUGAUGGUGUGUAUGCCAGAAUAUACAAUCCAAGUCUGAAAUUCAUAUAGAAAACACAUACAAGUCAAUAGAUGUGUUGUUUUACUUGUGCAAGUAGAUUCUGGUUGAGUGCCUUCUUCGUGUGAUGUUAUGUAUUGUAAUAAAGGAAUGUUAUCUGUACUCCUUAGGAGAGCAUGCUCGCUCAACUUGCUGUUGGGAGUGUCUGAACAUAAGUUCUCUAUGUAUGUUGUACCUAUGAAGUCAUGAUUUUCAGGUAAUUACUUGAACUGUUAUAUCUUGUUUUAAACAUCAAGCUUUUUACUUGUACUUAUUCAUUUAGUAACUGCAGAAAAUAUAACCCCUGUGAAGAAGUACGUGUUACACCAUAGAAACGGCAUCCUCUUGAAUAAUAUCCCAACAGAAUUGGCAAGAUGUUCUGUUGAAUGCACAUUGGAAUUGAGAGGGAUCAUUUUCCUAUAGUUUUGAACCAUAGAAACGUUUCCUAUCCCAAUAGUUCGGUUCAACUUUCCAUUAUAUGAUAUAUAUGAGCCUCAAGGUAUGGAAAAAGAUAAGAGUGCUCUUAGAAUGAAGAGGGAUCAUUUUCCUUGCUGAUUUCAGUAUUCUCCACUUCUCCAGGAUUUCAUUUGUUCCUCGCGCAGCUAAAUCUAAUCAUAAACAUUGUGGAAUGUUUUUUCCAUGUCAUAUCCUUGUAAUUAACUAAACAUUCCAAAAAAAAAACUAAUUAAGUACGUACAAGGUAGGUAUCUCUUUUAUAUUGAUUUAUUGCAAACUGGCAAUGUUGUCCUAUAGCUAAUUAAAAUAGUUUUUACAUUUCGAAAUAUCAAUAAUGUUGUAUCAUUUCAAAUACUUUGUUGUAUUUCACUAUUUCUUUAGGAUACUUUUCCAUUUGUUUCAUAUCCUUCUAAUCAAGAAUAAUAAAUUAUAAAG